CCACAUUAUUAUAUCACCAAAACCUUUAACCUCAUCACAUAAAACACAGGCCUCAUUCUCCUCACCCAACAUCUCAAUCUCAAUUCUGAAACAUUGUUUAAGGUUUCUUAACUUUAUUAUCUAUGGAGGCAGAGAGAGACAAGUACAGCAUGAUCCAUUUUGAAGAGACCGAGCUGCGACUCGGUCUUCCUCUGAGUGGAAAGGAAGGAGAUUCCACCCUCAAGAGCACAUUGAAUGGAAAGAGAGUUUUUUCAGACACAAAAACUGUGGAUUUAAAGCUCAAUCUUUCUUCAACAAACAAUGUCUUGGGCUCAGGAUCUUCUUCCUCCUCUGUUUCUAAAGAGUCUAGGAACCCAGCAAAAUCACCACCUGCAAAGGCACAAGUGGUUGGUUGGCCACCAGUUCGUUCAUUCAGAAAGAACAUUGUUAACGUUCAAAAGAGCAACAAUAUUAAUGAAGCAGAGAAGGCCACCAUCACCUCCACCGCAACUGCCAGCGGCGGCAACAACGCUGCCAACCCCGGCACGGCUUUCGUGAAGGUGAGCAUGGACGGUGCACCUUACCUACGCAAGGUGGACUUGAAAUUGUACAAGAGCUACCAAGAGCUCUCGGAGGCGCUGUCUAAAAUGUUCAGUUCCUUCACCGUCGCCAAAUGUGGCUCCCAAGGCGUGAAGGACUUCAUGAAUGAGAGCAAAUUGAUAGAUCUUCUGAAUGGCUCUGAUUAUGUGCCGACAUAUGAAGACAAAGAUGGAGAUUGGAUGCUAGUGGGUGAUGUCCCAUGGGAGAUGUUUGUGGGAUCAUGCAAGCGCCUGCGAAUAAUGAAAGGAUCUGAGGCAAUCGGGCUAGCACCGAGAGCAGUGGAAAAGUGCAAGAACAGAAGCUGAAAAGUUAAGUUUUGAAGUCCAAGUUCAACAAAAAACCUGCUUGGUCGAGUCUAAUUAGGAGCCAAGUCAUAUAAUGUUUUUUUGGCAAAAAAGUUUAGAAAUAAUUUUCUUGUAUGUAUGAGAAAAUAUUUGGAAAUUGUUAUGGAGGAAAAAUAAUAGAGUAUGUUAUAUAUGAAUGAGCUCUUGGUUGUUUCCAAGUGAAAUUAAAAUGUGAUAUUGUCUA